AUGGCGAGGAAUUUCUGCGACGUCCGGAUCAUCCUCAUCGUGGCCGCUGCCACGUUCAUCUUCAUACAGGUGCAUCCUAUUUCGUUUUCCUGCGAAUGAUAACGAACCGGCGGACUUGUCGCAGAAAUUCCUUCAUGAAGUUCUGAGGAACCUUUUUGGUGUUUAUCUAAGCCAGAAGCCUUUAGGUUCUGUGUAGAACGUUAGAAAUUUGAGCGGUUCAUUAAAUUUUUCGGUCCCGUAUGACUAUCGAAGGCUUUGCUCGUAUUAUUGGCUCAUGACAGGGGAUUUUGAUUGCUGGAUUAUGCUUUAGUCUCUCUCCAUUUUUCAAGGCAUCUUCUUUUCCUGUAAAUCUAGUUUUUUUUUACACGAACCGACGGUUUGAGGACCGCAUAAUUUUUAAGCAGCUAUUUGGUACGGUUUGAUCGGAGUUGAUAACCAUGAGUACCGUAAAAUAAUUCCAGCUAUCUUUUAUUGAUGAGCCGUUUAUUUACAACCGUAUUAUUUCACCCAAUGUCAAGGCUAACAAAGUAAAACAUGCAGAUUUGUUCAGGAGUGGUGGUCAAUGUAACAUCUUUUGCUGCCUAAUCAGCAUACGCAACAAUGGCUGAAUUGCUACCUAACAAGUCUAGGUCCUAACUCGAGGGUAACUUUUAGAAACACCUACUUCCACAUGGAACAAAACAGCUCUGGAGGAAAUCAAUUUCCCGCCUUUAGAACCAAGAUUUCAAGAAAACAUUAAAGGAAACUAGGGCUGGCAUAUUUGAGAGUACAAUUCUCCUUAUGUGCCGUACUCUGAUUGAGCAUAUUUGAGAGUAAAAUUCUGUGCUGCUGUUUUACAUAUUCUGCAAGAUGAAUUAUUUUUGUCCUUCUCUACAUUGUCUUAAAUCUUUUCUUCCCUCCCUCUCCUCCUACCCGUCUUUUUUUCUGGUCUUCCACUUCACCUGCAUACCUAAUAUUUUUGGUGUAAACUAAAGCUGCCUGAAUUUUGCAUUUCUGUGCCUUAAUUUCAUGUCUAUUUUUUUAAUGCCCUUCCUUAUUUAUCUUAGAUGCGUCUCUUUGCCACGCAAUCAGAGUUUGCUGACCGACUAGCUGCUGCGGUAAUAAUGAUGAUCUUUUCUUCUUGAAUAUAUGCAAGAAAAGUAUUACAUCGUGGAAUUCAUUUUCCUUCACCUUAGUUUUUUGGAGGAUAACAAUCGAUAAGAUACUCAUAAUUCAUAUGACAGAAAUAAGAUUCCUGGUCAUGUAUCAAACUAAUCACUUGUGUGAUCACAAUCUUCCUUGGUUGCAUGCAUGAAUUAUUCGUUGUUAUCAUUUCAUUCUUAACUAAGAACUAUCUACAUUAGAAAUCACCUGGCCCUGACGUGCAGCCACUCAGUAAUUUUCAUGUCUUUCAUUUUGUUGUGCAUGAAUGCCUUUCUGUUACAUUAUGGCGUAUGCAUAUGCGUGGUAAUGUCUUUGUGGUCAUGUAGUUGUUAUAAUUGGCUAAGUAUCAUGAUCUCAGGUUCCCCACAUCACAUAUGGCAAGUGGAUCAGACCAUUUCUUCUGUCUCUCUGCCAAAUUCAAGAAGCUGGUUGAUUGUACAUUUCCUUAGAGUCAAAUGAUUCAGAGUGUGAUUUCCUGUUUGAUCCCCUUGAGUUCCAUAUUUGUACUUGGGAUUAGAUCUAUUGAUUAAAAAUCAUUAGUCCAAUACAAAUAUACCUUGUUCAGGGUUCGUCAACGAGCAAGAAGGUAUCGUGGACAUGUUGUCAAAUGCUUCAAAAAUUAAAAAUCAUUUUAGAAGGCUAUCUGGUGCUACUUUCUCAAUUAGCUUUUUGAUGUGCGUAAUUAGGCAAUUUUAUCUUCUUAUGAUGGGAUUCAGUGGUAACGGUUCAAUCAGUGUAAGACAGUGUUGACAUAGAUCAGGACCAGGUGGGAGAGAUGUUUUCUCUUUUCAAUGAAGGAAAAAAAAGAACGACGACGUGAAAAUCUCUUUCUUUCUUUCUUCCUUCCUUCCUUCCUUUCUUUCAAUUGGAAAGGCAGGAAGAAAGAAAUUUUUUAGUGUUAUUAUCCCUUUAUUCUUCUUUGGGGAAAAAAAAGGAAAAUUACAUAACUUGUUUAUUUCUUCAAUUUGCCCUUUUUUCCUACUGCAAUAGUAACAUAAAUAUCUAUAAAAAGUGUAUUAUUCAAAAUUUCUUUUAUACAUCAUGAAAACAUGAUUUCAGGGCACAAAGAUUGUAGGCCUUUCAAUCUUACCAUAUAUUUCCCUCUAUCAUUUUUCCAGCCCCUAUAGAAGUUCCCAAAUAAUUUAUCAUUUGUUACAUAAGCAAGUUUUGCUGCAUAUUCAGUCACAGGAUACAGUGGGACAUCAUACUGCGUUCAUCUAUGUCUAAGAUUAAUAGUAUCACAUAAUCAUUAGAUAGUAGAAAGAGAGUGGAUACAUACGUGAUCAGUAAUGCAUAAAAAUCCUUAAAUACAUCAACGUGUCUCCUCAAUCAACCUGGUUUGGUCACACUAGGCAGACAAAAUUAGCUGGGAGUCCUAAUUAUGUCCUAAAUAUUGAAAACUUUAUUCUCGUAGAAGAAAAUGUUUCUUCUGGUAAUCCAAUUAGGACGUGGAUUAUUAGAACGUGAUAAUAUUCUGAUGAGUGGUUCAAAAUCUAGUGUGUAUAAUCGGCUCUCUCUCAAAAAAAAACUCUAUAUAAGGCUGAUUGACUUCACCAAGGCUGUAGAUUCAUCUAUGAUCCCAAGGCUCUCAAAAUACAUAGGUCAACUUCUUCUCAUUGCAAAAUACUUUUGUUUGUUCUUUAAUCUUUCUAGAAACAAAGAUAAAAAGUAUCCAUUGAGAAAUUCUCAUGUUGAUACAUGAGAUUGUUCUCCUCAUUUCAAAUGAUGCGAAGGGUCGCAUCAAGGAUGAGCCACCAUACUUUUCUGGAUGUUGCUUCUUUUUUUAAUUUUGAAGAAAAUAUAUAAGAAUGAUGAUUAUCUGGCAAAUGCGGCUGUCAGUUUCCUUUCAUGCUUCAUUGUGGUCCCUAUCUUAUUGUUGCUUAUGAUGUUCAAAUAAUGAGCUCGUUUGAAAUGGUUGAACUAUAGUUUAUUGCCGUCCAUGUCCAUUUAUAUUGAGAUUUAAUUUUUUAUUCAGACAAAUUGUGAAAUUCUCUGAUGUAAUUAUAGGUGGAAUCAGAAAAUCGUUGUACAAGUCAAAUGCGGCUAUUGAUCAACCAAAUUAGCGUACAACAGGGAAAAAUCGUUUCUGUGGAAGGUAUUUCCCAUCUUUUGGCGUACUACUUGUUCCAUCUCUUUUUAUUAAUAGUCAGAUUUUGGUCAUGAGGGUGGUUUUAUGAACAAUGGAUUUGGGAUAUCAUAGGACUUUAAAUAAUCAGAACUAGUCAUUUGUUGAGGGUUGACGAAAUCAUCUCCCUUAACAAAAUUGCAGGUCCUUCACGACAUGGUACAUGCAUAGUGUAUAUCUGAAUCCAACUAUAUGCCAAAAAGAAAAAGAAAAUCUCCAAAGAUUGAAGAACCCGGAUAUUUAACUCUGAAAAUACAGAUAGUUCCAAUGAUGUUUCGUCCCCAGAAGUUUUCAUAGAGCCUGUCAAUAGUUUGUAUGAGUCACGUAGAUGUGGAUGUCAUCAGAAUUCCUAGGGAAAUCCAGAAGGCAUUUUAUCUCCCACUGAAACGGUUGCAUAUACAUAUAUAUAUAUAUAUAUAUAUAUAUAUAUAUUCUUGACCAUAUGCCCUAUAAACGUUGUUCAUAUGAUUGAGUAUCCGACUGCAUACCAAUUUACACUCUGAAGUAUUGGUUCUAGAAGAGCCGCCUCUCCACCACUACCACAUCAUCAAUGCAAAAUUUCGUCAUCUCUUACUUUUGAUCUCAAAUUAUUGAAGUGUGUAGCUGUAUUGUGGAAAGUUUGCUUAUCGGUGAGCAUUUCUGUGCAUGGUUUUUCUAAGAAGAGACAAUAACCCGGAUGUGCCCUUGAUAGACAACAUUCUCAAUUUAAAGUUAAACACUUCACCUAUCAAUCAUAUGUAUUGAUAGAUUCCUCUUAAUUAAUUAUAAUUUUGGACAAAGUUUUUCUUCCAGAUAUUUUUUAAUACUGUUUUAUUUGUACUAAAAGUUUUGCUGUAAUUUCAGAUGCAUACAAAUUGAAAGAAGAAGAGUGUACUAAUCUGAAAGCUCUUGUUCAGGAUCUGGAAAGUAUGUUUCUUCAUUUUUGGUUACUUCUUAGCACAAUCAUUAGCAUUUUUAUUUUUUUUUCCAUCCACUGUUUUUUACAGCAUUCCCUUCUUUUUAUAAUUUCGGCUUGUUUCCUGUCUCUUUAACUCUAUUUAGAUAUGAUCAAUAAGUUUGAACCGCAUGCAUGUAGUCUUCGCAUUGGUGAGCCGAAAGUGGAAGACAGUUUUAUGUUCAUUUUGGCCUGUGCUCUGAUUCAUCAGUCCCAUAUUCACCUGCUCUGACAUCAUAGUAGAUACAGACGAAUGAGAAUUAAAUAUAAAAUGAUAGUUGCUAGUUUAUCUGAGGGGAUGACCUGCUUGCUUCAUUAUGUGAUUCUUGAGGGAAUUGUCGGAUUUCCUUCAUGAUGUGAUUCAAAAUGUUUUGUUAAAAAUGAUUGGAGUACAUUUUAUGUCCAUAUUAGAGCGCGGACACUAGUUUUCCGUUCGUUUCAUAAGGUUUACCAUCCACUGACAACUUAAUUUGGCUUCCAUCCAUUAGCUUCCCUUAUUUGUGAGGAAACUAUUUGUAAUUGAUGUUCUUUUACAUUUUCAAACAAUAUUUUGUUUCUUGUCCAAAUUACUACACGGCAAUAUAAUUCCGUUGACUUUGUAUUUGCAGGGAAGAAUCUCAAAACUUUGAUUCGUGACACAGAGGUGCAAAUCUUCCUUGGAAUCCUUGAUGUUCAUUUGAAAAUGAUUUUAUUGACUUGUGAGACAUAAUAGCACUAUGUUUGUGUUUAUUAUAAGCAUUUCCAGUUACAAGUAGCUGCUGUUGUCAUAAUGGCUUGUAAUCGCCCUGAUUACCUGGAGAGGACGAUUCAAUCCAUUCUGAAGUAUGUUUUAUAUAUAUACAUCGUCAUUUGCAUGCCUUAUUCUUCUCAAUUGCUCAAGAAAGAAGGUGUUAGCCAACACUGCCAUUUGUUUGUGUCCAGAUAUCAUAGGUCAGUUGCAUCCAAGUUUCCGCUCUUCAUAUCUCAGGUACUUGAUUGAGUCAGUUUUCUGUCUUUCAUCGUUACCUGUUUUCUUUUUAUUUUCUAUUUUCUCGGAUUAUUUUUUUAUUGAGGAUAGAAGGGUUAAUAUCAUAUGGAAUCUUGGUGAUUUUGUAGGAUGGAACAAAUCAAGGUGUUAAAAGCAAAGCCUUGAGUUACAAUCAGAUAACAUACAUGCAGGUGAUUUAAGAUGGCUUUAAUCAACGGUGAUCUCCUGAGUACUGUCAUUUACGUGCAUGCUCGUGUGUGCUCUAUACCAACUUUUUUAUGCAUAUUUGUAUCUCAGUUGUAGAAAGUUUUCGUCUUUAGAAUCUAUGAUGGAGCAAAAUAAGUGUUAAUUGCGAGGUUAUGAGAGUGUACUAUAUAAGAUUCCUCAGAAAAUCAAUGGUUUGGUACUUCUUUUUACUGUUCAUUGUACUUCUUUAUUGAAGACUGUCAAAUUUCUAAAAUUCCGCUGUAUUAAUUUAUGAGACAUGAUUUUUGAAAAAAUAAUUGAAAAGUAAUCCAGCCAUAAGGUUUGAUAGAAUUUGUGGACAAAUGUUCAAAAAAAUUAUUUUUCAUGGGAGAUAUCUGGAAGACCUUGUUCUUGUCCCUUGAUGACCUGUUACUCAUUUCAGCACUUAGAUUUUGGGCCAGUGCAUCCUGAAAGGCCAGGAGAAUUGAUUGCCUACUACAAGAUUGCAAGUAUGGCAUUUGCCUUUAUCCCAUCUUUUACCUUAAUAUCUGUUCUCCCUUUGAGUUGCUGUCUUUUUAGGUCACUACAAAUGGGCCUUGGAUGAAUUAUUUUUCAAGCAUAAUUUCAGCCGAGUAGUCAUAUUGGAAGGUGCACUUUUGUUCAUCAUUUUGAAUUUUAUUUUUAAAAUUUUCUUUGCUGUCAUAAAUAUUGUUACAGAAAAAAGAAAAACAAUUCAUGGUGCUACACAGAUGACAUGGAGAUUGCCCCGGAUUUCUUCAGCUAUUUUGAGGCUGCUGCCACUUUACUCGACAAUGAUAAGUAUGUGACGAUGUCAACCUAUGUAACUUAUUUUUUCUCCCGUCUCUCAUUUAAGUGGUAAUGUUUUUUUCUUCCACAAUUGCAGGACCAUAAUGGCUGUCUCUUCAUGGAACGACAAUGGACAAAUGCAAUUUGUGCAUGAUCCAAGUAAUGCUCCCAAGUUGUGGCAUAUAGUUAUCUCUCUGUUGUAGAAUAUUAUAAUCAGAAAUCCCAUCUUGGACACUUGUUUACAUCAAUGACUUGAUUGAUAUAAUCUUCAGAGGCUCUUUAUCGCUCUGAUUUCUUUCCUGGACUGGGAUGGAUGCUGACAAAAUCAACAUGGAGCGAGUUAUCACCAAAAUGGCCAAAAGCAUAUCCUUCAAUUAUUGCUCAUUCAUGUGAACGUCUGAAACUUUUGAGGUUUAUUGAUUAUCUGUUUUUUUCCUUAACAUUAUAACACUUAUUGGGAUGACUGGUUAAGGUUGAAAGAUGUGCAUAAAAACAGACAAUUCAUUCGCCCUGAGGUCUGCAGGACAUACAACUUCGGUGAGCAUGUAUGUAUAUGUUAAUUAUUUAUUAGCUAAAUAUUUCAAGCUUUUCAAUGUUUUAGGGUUUCUCGAAUCAAUAAUGAAAUUAUCUGUGUCUGAUGUUGAUAGUUUAUUUCCAAUAUUUGAAAUCUUUAUCAUCAUAACCGCUUUAUAGUCUUGACUGUGUUCAGAAUAUUUGUUAUCAAGAGAUAGGAAAUCCAUAAUAUGUCUUCAAAUUGUCCAUGGAUGUAUACGAAUGUAGUUUUUGCUAUUUUUUCCAACUGUGGCAAGUUUCACAUUAUUAUUAUCAUUAAAGAAGAGAAAAACCAUCAUCAAUUUUCUUCAUUGUCGUCAUUAAGCUUUUAAUCAUCUCUAUCCCUUCUUGGAAGAAGAUUUAACGUCAGCGAUUCAUGAAAUAGGAGUUGGUAAAUAUUCUAGGGUAACUCGUCUGCGUUGUUCUUGUCAUAUAUUUUGGAAGGUGGAAAAGGGAGACCUUAUCACUGCUAUGAGAGAGUCACAAGGAGGUUCAGAAUUAUGUAAUGCUACUACGUCUGCAGGAGGAAAAGGGUAAGAGUUGAUUAAAAAAAACACCGGUUACCUGCAUAAAUGGUAAAUAUUGGAUCCCUAAAACUAUGGUGGCCCUAAGAUUGAUUGUCUUUGUGAACUAUAGUCUGCACUAAUGGGCUUCGUUAGCACAAGAUACCCACUCCUAUAUAGGCCUAGUGUAAUUGUCUCCUAUCUCUCAUAUGCAGGAAAGAAACUCAUUUUAAUAGAAAAUGCUCUUUACUCUCUCUUUCUACCUCUCUCGCUCUCUCUAUUUACCUCUCUCUAUGACAUGAACAAAUUAGAUGAAUGUAACUCAAAUACCUCUCAUCUUGAUCGUUGCAUUCACACCUAUCAGACAAGUUUAAGCAGGAGAAGGGUCUCAUUGUUCACAUAGAAUGGGGAUGGAUGUAUCAUGUGGAUGAUUUUUUUGCAACUUUCAUUGAUGGGAGUAGAUGCCACUUACUGUAUCGAUUCGCAGAUCACAUAUUCCUGGUUUUAUUGUGAGGGAGUGAAGAAGGGAAGUGCUUUCCUUUGUAUAUUCCUUUUGAUAAGGCUAUCUUUCGUGCUUUUUUCACCAGACGUUCAAAACUGAGGCAUCAAUUUGCAGACAUCCAUAUUUUAGAUUUUUACAGGUUUUCCGCAACUAACGUUACUUGGAUUUCUUUGCAGGGUUCUAGUAUGGGGCAAUUCUUCAGACAAUACCUGAAGCCUAUUAAACUAAACGACGUUCGUGUAUGUGAUAGAUGAAACUUUUUAACUACAUAUCCAUAUCUCAUUUGGAAAUUCUUUCUUAAAAAGGAAAGCAGUUUUGCAAUUUCUUACACUGAGCAUUUUUUGUUGGUACUUAGUUGAUGCCCAUGUACCUGAUAGAUGAAAUGGAUGACCUACAUAGUCUAUAUCUUUUACAAAUUCUUCUUAGAAAGGGAAAAAAAAUUGCAAUUUCUUGUUUUGAACAUUUUUCGUUGGUGCCUCAAUGAUCCCCAUAUGUGUGUAAUGGAUGAAGCAUACGACAUACAUUAUCCUAUGUUACUAGAAAAUCGUUUCUAAGACGGGAGCACAAUUUUCAAUUUCUUAAGCAAUAGUUCUAGCUGGAACCUAAAAGAUGCCAUGUAUGUGAUAGAUGAAACAUAGUGCAUGCACAUCCCGCGUUAAAUGAAAAAUCUUACUGAAAAAAAGAAACCAAUUUCGCAAUUUCUUGGCCUGAAUGAUUUUUGCCGGUGCCUAAAUGAUGCCCAUGUCAGUGAUGGAUGAUACUGCAUACAUAUCUCAUGUAACCUGACAAUUCUUACCUAAAAAAGGAAACCAUUUCGCGAUUUCUUUCACUGAGCAUUUAUUGCUGUUACUUAAAUCAUCCCCAUCUACGUGAUGGAUGAAACAUGUGGCAUGCAUACCCCAUGUUAUCUGAGCUAUUUUCUAAGUUCUUACGCUGAUUUUCUUUUUGCUGGAACCCAUCCAUCCCUGUCCAUUAGGUCGAUUGGAAAUCAGUGGAUUUGAGCUACUUGAAGGAGGUACUAUGUUCUCUCAAUGAAUCAUCGAAAGUAGCUCUUUGUUUCGAACUUCCCCUCCUGAAGUUUCUAUCGUGGCAGGACAACUUCAUGAAACACUUUGCGAAAAUGGUGUUGGAUGCCAAACCUGUCCGCGGGCCUGACGCAGUCCUUAAAGCAUCUAAUAUCAAUGGGGAUGCUCGUAUUCAAUACAGAGACGAGUCAGACUUCGAACAGAUUGCUCGCCAGUUCGGAAUCUUUGAGGAAUGGAAGGUAGCUUCUUUUGCCUCUCGUCUACCUCCAAGACAUGGAUAAGAAUUCAUGGCCUGGAACACCCAAAAAUAGAUUAUUAUGAAAAAUAAAACUUCAAAAUUAGGGUAAGUUUUCAAAACUUGUCAUAAUUGGGAGUGCAAACAACCCAAAUCAUGCUCACUUUUUUACAAGGUUGCAUCUAUCAAAGUGAGACAGAGAGUGAGAGAGAAAGAGUGGUAGAGAGUGAAAUUUAGUUCGUGUUUUUGUGAAAUAAAUUACUUAUGUAAAAUUUGAAAAUAUGAAACAUAAAUUCAAUAAUUAUCAAAUUACAUAUCUCUUCUAAAGCCUUUCAUUUUUAUGAAACCAUGAUGUUGGUGAUAGCUUAUUCUUGCUAUUUAAUUUCUCGGGACUCUUCCUUCUCAUGGCACCUGUUAUUGAUGCGUUACUCUCACAGGAUGGUGUGCCCCGAACAGCUUACAAAGGGGUCGUAGUUUUUCGAUACCAAAAACAGCGUCGCAUAUUUCUCGUGGGCCCAGACUCAAUUAGACAACUUGGAAUACAAUCCUAA